AUCGAUUGGGCUAUCCCUACUCGGUUUUUUGAUGUCGGUCGCAACGUGAAAAUUUAAAGAUUUCCGCAUAAUUCUUAUGAAAAAUCUAUAGAAGAAAACUACGAAUUAACUGGAAAUUAUUAGGCCACUAAACGACCACUAAUUGAUGUGGAACCAGAACGUUCUAAACAAAGAGUUGAAUCAAGUUUUAGGUUGUGUUUUUCGUUGACGAAAGGCUAAGUCGAAACGUAGCCAAAAGCUAGAAAAAUUGCAACAAACAAAACAAGCAAGAAUUUUGAAUAUUUAGCUACAUUCCUUUGCAUGACAUUUGUGUGAAGUGGAUCAGUAGUUGUAUCGUCCAGCCAUUCGUAGGCUACUUGUAGUAAUUGACAGCGGUUCCAUAUACUCCAACAGGAAUUGUCUUCCGAUUCGCUUUUUUUUGUUGGGUUUGCAUGUGUGUGUGUGUUUGUGUGCCGUUUAAAUAAAUCACAUUAACGCGGUGCGGUGUAUGGUGGUUUGAAGAAAAACAGAGGAAAUAUUUUGCUGAUACCACCGCUUACACACACGCUGACACAAAAGAAAGUUGACCAGCAGCCGGGGCCAGUGGGACAACUAUCCAUUUUUCAUCGAGUCAAGAGUACAUCAAAGGGUGUUUCCAGCAACAAAGACACAACCUAUAAAAAGGAACAGCAAGACGGCAACAAAAAAUUAACCUAUGACAUGUUUUUAGAUCAUAUUCUGAAAACGGAAACAGCAAAUAGAAUUUGAUGACAAUUUCGUCCUAAAUAAACGGAACAAAUUCUCAAAUUUUUGGACGCUUCUAGAACAGCAGCAAAGUUGGCACCAGUUGCGCAUUUAAAUCUCAAGUAUGGCGCAGUAUACGCAGCCGGUUGUUGGACAGCAACAACAACAACAGCAAUCAUCGCCACCCCAACAACAUCAGCAGCAACAGACCCAAACUACAACACCUCAAGCUCCAAACAACACUAAUAAUAACAAUAUGAACAAUAACAACAACAACAACAAUCCAGCUCCUACUACACCGACCGCAGCAGCAGCACCGUCAGUUGUAGCAGCAACAACAAACAAUAACAACAAUCAAACUCAAACUAUUGCUGUACAACAACCUGUUGCCAAUGCCGGUAAUAACAACUAUGCCACAGCACAAAAUGUGGUACCUGGUGUUGUAGGCGUUGCCGGUGCUCCAGUCUAUAACCCGCAAUUGCAAGCGGCCAAUUUGUAUGUUCCUGCUGCUGCUCAUCACGGUAUGCCGGGUCAUCAUCAUCCCCAUCCUCAACCUGGUGCCAUGUACUCAACCAUGUUGCCAGCUCCCCUAUCAAGUAAUGUUUUUGUAAAUAAUGUCACUGCCAAUGUAAAUUUACACGGUUGGCCUCAUACCGCAGUACCCCAUGGUGGUUGGAUGCAUGCAGCAGGUGCUCCACAUUACAUACAUGGAGAAAUUCCUCCCGAACAGGGUGGCCCUGUUUUGCAGCCAAUGGCGAUGCCCAUUGCUUUGCCACCAACUGGUCAAAAUAUGAAUACACACUCUGGGGGCGGUGGUGGAGGUCGUGGUAAUCGACGUGGACGUGGUGGCCGGGGUGGUGGCAGUGGCUCCCGUCGCAAUGACUAUAACUCACAGCGUCAUACACCCCAACAACAACAGCAUCACCAUCAUCAACAACAACAGCAGCAUGAAGGUAGUCCUGCUCCCCAAGGAUCCAGUGUUCAAAAUACAAAUCAGCAGUCUCAAGAACAACAAACCAUUGAGUCCCAACAAAUAAUGUCCAGCAUACCCUAUGCCCCGGCUCAUCCUCAUGGUCCUUAUGCGGCUGCUCAAUAUCCAUACGGUUAUCCCGCAUACUUUGCACCCCAGCAACCAAUGAUCCAUGCCGGUCAAAAUCCAGCUGCACAACAAGCCGCCGGUACUUCUCUUUUCUUCUCGCCAAUGCCAGUCUAUAAUAACCCACACAUUUAUAAUUACGGCUAUUUUAUACCGCCCGUUGUUAAUCAAGCGGAAUACCCGUACAUGCCUGCCGAAGAAGUCAUGGCUGGUCAAGUGGUUGAUGAACGUCAAGGUGGCGGUGAAACAUCUGCCAUGAUCUGGCACCAACCACACAUGUAUCCUGGCGAAGAAUAUGCCAUGAAUCCGAACGAGAUGCAUUCAAUUGGUGCAGAUGACAUCAAUCAAAAUUCCGGUUCGGCUAGUGAGACCCCCACAAGUAUGUUAAGUCCUAACUAUACUCCAAUUUAUGAUCCACAAAUGCAUGAAAUGCAACAACAAAUGGGUGUCAUGCAAAUCUAUGAAGAUCCUCAAAUGGGUCAAAUGCAAGUGAUACAUUCUCAAGGGGGAUCAGCAGCAGCUGGUGGUAUUGGAACACAGAUCGAAGAUGAUAUAUCUGAAUGCGGUUCUCAGCGUUCAGCACCAAUACACAUAGUUCCAGCUGGUGCUAUUAUAGCAUCAGCCCCAAAUAUGGUGGCCGCUCCACCUGCAUUGCAGCAGCAACAUCAACCGACGAAUCAAAUUAGCGAACAAUUGUCUAUGCAUCAACAACAGCCACAUUUGAUUCCUGCCGCCGGUAGUGUAAUUUCCAUCGACCAAACAACGUCCACAAACCAACAACUGCCUUUGUCUAGCGAUAAUAACAAUGUCCUCGUCGCCGAUGGUGCUGGAAUGCAGCCCGGCGAAUAUGCCACAAAUAACGCCAUGCAACCAUGUGAAUCGAUUACAAAUCUUAAAGAAGAUAUUCCACAGCAGCAACAUAUUGUUGAAAAUGUUGGACAAGAUUAUCAACAGCAGCAGCAAAUACAAGGCGUUGAGAUCUCCACAGCUCCUAUGCAGAUGGACAACUAUAACGCCAAAAACAAUAAAAUACUUAUGACCGAGGUCCAUGCAUUACAGGAUAAUGUGCCAAAACCGACACAAAUAAUAACAACAACAUCAUCAGUGGCGGUGGCCAAUGUUGAUGUGGCAAUCGAAACUAAUGCCAUGCAACAAACUAUCGUACAGCAGCAGCAGCAGCAAACGUCACAUACCUUUGUUGCAGCAACUCAAACUCAAAGUGUUCCUCAGCAACAACAAGUGCAACCACAACAACCUCAAAAUUAUAAACAGCAGCAACAACAACCCCAAUCCCAACAAUACCAACAUCAACAACUGCAAACUCAGCCUCAACCUCAGCAGCAACAACAACAGCAUCAUCAUCAUCCUCAGCAGCAACAACAACAACAAUCAUAUAAUCAACACCAACAACAAACACACUAUCACAACUAUGAUAAUCGCAAGUCCUAUAGUACUCAACAACAGCAGUCCCGACGUAAUAAUAAAUAUGACCAUCACAAUGAUGGUUCAUCGCAGCAGCAAUCGCAACAACAACAACAGCAGCAGCCAACAACGAAAACCAUGUCCUGGACCAAUUCAUCACAACACAAAAAAUCCACCAACACUGUGGCGGUAACUGCAACACCUUCCUUGACCCACAAUCCGGGCUACAACAAACAAUCGAAUUCAUCGACCAAUUCUUCGUCUACCUCUACCCAUAGUCAUGGCACUCGGACCUAUACCAACCAACAGCAUCAUAGCUACCAACAGCAACAACAAACAACACAGACACGUAACUAUGGAGCCAUGAAAAUGCCUUCUUCUCCUGUCGCCUCUGGCACAGCGGCAACAGGGCCAGGAGCAACGAAUUCAUCUACUAUGGAACGCAAAAGCAGUCAAUCAUCAUCCGGUGAUCAUGCCGGUAAGACGCAUCAGGCCACAACAUCAACGGCAUCAAUAACCGCAACGCCCCAUCAAUUCCAACAAACUGCGGCAAAUGAAUCGGCCAAUACGGCUAAACAACAAAGGAAAUCAAGUGCCGCACAGCAGCAACAACAGCAGCAAGGAGUUGCCAGCCCCAACACAACUGCCUCCACAAACCCCUCAGGUCCAGCAAACGAGACUAGCACACCACCUAUAAAUUUGGCACCACCAGCCUCAGCAGCCGCCCAGGCAGCACCUUCAACGCCAUCAUGGGCCAGUCUGUUUACAGCAAGUGCUGCCUCUUCGGGCCCUGCCAGCUCUCCGGCUGCUGUGUACACAACAAAUCAAAAUACAUUGGCGGCAAACAACAACACUCUCCCCUCAAACUCAGCCGCCACCACCACUGCCAAUUAUGCCCAGAAACCAAUUGCAAAAGUUGCUCCCUUUGAGAGUGUUGCCUCUACGGCCACACCGGCCGUAACACCUGGUGCCUUGUCAUAUUCAGCUGCUUCGGCUCAGAAUCUACCACCACCACCGUCCUCUAACGCCACCAAUUCAUCCGCUGCUCUGGCAACUGUAGCCGGUGGCAACAGGAAGAUCACAAAUUUGGCCAAUCUCGAUGAGUAUUCAUUGAAAUUUGCCGAUUUCCUAACCAAAUACAAGAGUGAUUGGACCACAAUCAGUCUGAGACCCAGAGGCCUUACAAAUCGUUCGAACUAUUGUUACAUUAAUUCGAUAUUGCAAGCUUUGCUUGGCUGUUCGCCGCUAUACAAUUUAAUGCGUUCCAUACCCAAACAGGCGGCCACUUUGUGUGAAGUGAAAACACCCACAGUCAAUGCAAUGAUGUCAUUUAUGUCCAAUUUCUCCAAUUUGCCAAGUGGCCUUCGCCUGCGUACCGCCAAAGGUGGUAAAGGCAGCAACAACAAAGAUGACUUAGCACAAGAAUUGCAAUGUGAUCCUGCCUUUGAACCCACUGAAAUCUACAAACUGUGGAAUGAUAGUCGCGAGGAGCACGUCGAAGGACGUCAAGAGGAUGCCGAGGAAUUCCUUAGCUAUAUCUUGAAUAAGCUCAACGAUGAGAUGUUAGAGGUUGUAAAACUAAUUGCCAAACAAAAUCCAGAACAAAAUGGACAAAAUGAUCAAUCCGAAGGUGAGGAUGGUGAUGUAUGGCAGAUGAUAUGCAAUAACCGCAAUAAGGGCAGCGUUACACGCCAAACCGAUUUCGGCUGCACUCCACUGAGUGAUAUAUUCCGUGGGGAACUUAGAUCACGCUUGCAGCGUGAAGGUGAACAUCCCACUGAUGUUAUACAGCCUUUCCUUACACUGCCUUUAAAUAUUGAGAAAGCUGCCUCGGUUAAAGAAGCCUUAGAAAUCUUGGUCGGCCGUGACCAGCUGGAAGGUGUUACCGGAAGUAAAAGUAAACAAGAAGUCCUUGCAUGGCAGCAAAUGAAUGUCGAAAAACUACCACCAAUUUUAAUUUUGCACCUGAAAUGGUUUGACUACCGUUCCGAUGGCUGCACAAAGAUUUUGAAGAAAGUCGAAUUUCCUGUUGACUUGAAAAUUGAUACCAAAAUAUUAGCAUCCAAAAAGUACUCACAAAAACAACGAGCUUAUCGCCUAUUUGCUGUUGUCUAUCACGACGGCAAAGAAGCUUCCAAAGGUCAUUAUAUCACCGAUGUUUAUCACACUGGCUAUGGUAGUUGGUUACGCUACGACGAUAGCUCUGUAAAGUCAGUCAGUGAAAAUCAUGUUCUUUUGCCAAGGACACCACGUGUGCCUUAUUUGCUCUACUAUCGGCGCUGUGAUACAAUACCCCAGCAGAAUAACAACAAUAACAGUGGCGGUGGUGGUGGUGGCGGUAAUUCAUCAUCGGGGGGAAACAAUGCAUCCGGGGGUCAUAAUACACCAAAAUAAGCAAAAAAAAUCACAACGACAGCAGCAAAAAGCAAACGGUAGCAGGAAUAACAAAGAAAAUGGAAAAUGACAGUAAUGAGAUAUUAAAAAAAGUAGCAGCAGCAACAAUAACAACAGAAAAAAGAUGAACAAGUGAAGUGAAAAAUAUGAGAGACAACGAGGAACAGCAUCGAGCCACCAUCUAGCCUCCCAGAUCAAGCAGGCAAGCACAUAACGUAAUAGCAUGUAGACCAAGUUGUAAACGUAAACAUUUGGCAAAAGUGUGUAUGGGAAGCCACAAAGGUGGGAGACAUAAAUACCAGGCAAACUGUUUUGCAACAAAACGGAGAGCGGAACUAUAAAAUAUGACUACCUAUUUUGGAUGAUGGAUAGAUAUCAUGGUGACACCAAGUGUCUUUAAAGCUAACGACGUAUGUAUUUAUAAGAUUUGAGCAGUUCUCGUGUUAAUAUUAUGAAGAUGACACAUGCAACGCAAUACGGCCAAGUAAACAUCUCUUCCACACAGACACACACACCCGCACGCAUUCUCUCAAACAUUAAAGCAAAAAGUGCAACAUCUCUUAUUUUGCAAUCAGGUGAUAUGAAAAUUAAAAAGAAAAGAAUUACAAAAAUAAAUAAUUAUAACAAUAAAUAUAACAACAACAAUAAUAGAAAAGAUGAUGAUGAUGAAGUUGAUGACGACUGACGGUGUAAUUCAAAGUAUGUGUUUGUAUGUAUCUAUGUAAGUAGGUAGUUUAUUAAUGAAUAUUAUUAUAAUAAUUAUAAAGCAAAUAAGUUUAAAUCUCAGACUGUAAGUUCGAAAUAGACACGAAGAAAAAGAAAACACAAAACAAAAUAUAUAUUAUAUAUAAAAACAAAGAACAACAACAACAAUAAUAAUAACAAUGAAAUAUGAAAAAAUAAUCAAAACCCAAACUUCAAGUGAAUCUAACAUCCUAGACAUAAUAGUAUUUUUUCCUUCCUUUUAUGUUUAUGUUCUUUUAAAUUCCGUGUGAUGUAUUGAAAAAUAGAGAACAAAGACAACACUGUCCAACAAGAUGAAUGUCAACAAAAUGUUAUGUAACAUAUAUAUUCGUACAAUAGAUUUUGAACAUAUGCAAUUUAAUUUUGAAUUAUUGUUCUUAAUUCUAUUUCAAAUUCGAAUGAUUGACAUAUUCGUACAACAGAUUUUGAGUAUGAAAUGUAAUUUUAAAUUAUUGUUUUUAAUUUUAUUUCAAAUUAGAAUUAUUUCUUUUUUUAACAAAAUUAUUCACUUAUGGAAUGAAAAUCAAUAGAAUUAAAGACUUUGCUCGGGGUUUGUGAACUCGCUUAAAUGUACAUAAAGUAGGUGGUGAUUGGUGAUUAUAAAUAGUUUUAAAGUAAUAUUUUAAACAGAUUUUAAGAAUAUUUUUUGUAUAUUUUCCUUUGCUCAAAAUUUGGAUUUCAUAUUCACCAAUAGCAAUUAUUCUUUUUUUAUUAAUUUUGUUUUUCCAUUAAAAAUGUUGAACAUCAGGCAUCGAUACCAAUAACGUAUUUCACGUUGCUAUUGCGUUAAAUUCACCGAUUGAUGUUUAUCAAUAUUAUUCAGAUUUAAAAAUGUAAUUAAAAAAAUAUUGCUCCACAAUUAAAGUUUAUAGGCUUAGCUAUUCUACUACUGUUCUAUCUAACCAAAUCUAUUCCAAAUAAUUGUCGCACCAUAUUCAUUUGCUUGCUAUCGAUUUGUUAUCCAAUUGAUAGUUAAUUCUUCAAAUUAUAAAUAUUACAAUUUAAUUUUUACAAUUUAUGCAUUAAUUUUAAAUAAAUUAGGUAGGCAAUAUAAGUUAAAUACACAUUCAUCCUGUAUUCCAAAGGUUACACAUCUUUCACUCUGUCUAAAAUUUACCCAAAAAUAUAUAACCCAUUUUCGAUCAUGUCUUAUCACAUUUCUUGCAAAUCUCGAUGCUGAGCUUAACGAAGAUAGUAAAGGAAAUAUGAAGUAGGUUUCCAUAUACAGUCGUCCUUAUAUAUUUUUUCAUUGCUUUAACCAUUGCAUUAACCUAUUCGAACAUUGUUUUUCGUUGGAAUAAAAUGAAGAACAAGAAAAAUCUUUUCUUCCAAAGAGGGCUGCUAGAAAGCAACGAUGGGAAAAAGCCUUUGGCGCCUCGAAAUCUCUUAGAAAUGUUACUGGAAAAUUAGGUUUGCAAUAAUAGUCUUGGUAGAAUUAACCUAUUAGAACAAAAUAACGAAUAAAAAAUCUUUUCUUCUAAAGAAGGCUGGCAGAAAUUUCUUAGAAAAUCUAUUGGCAGAUUUGGUUUGCAAUGUAUGUAUACAGGUUGCUUGUAGACCUACGUUUUCUAAAAAAAGUAAGUUAAAUUUGUAAUCAUCAUCAAAGUUGUAACAAAAUACUGAGAUAAAGGAAAAAAGUACAAACAAAAAAUAAAUAAUUUUUAUAAAUCGAAUCUAGAAUAGGUAAAGAAUACAAUAGGUAAAGAAUACAAAAAUCUUUUCUUCCAAAGAGGGCUGGUGGAGAACAUACGAUGCGAAAACAACCUUUUAUGCCUCGAAAUUUCUUAGAAAAUCUAUUGGCAAAUUUGGUUUGCAAACAGAAAACAGCUUUUGGUGGCUCGAUUCGAUGCAGGUUGCUUGUAAAUCAGCUUUUUUUUUAACAAAGUCAGUUUGUUAUCUUUAUCAAAAUUGUAUGAAAAUACUGAGAUAAAGGAAAAAGUACAAACAAAAAAUAAUUUUUCAAAAUCGAAUCUAGAAUCAUCCAAUAGGAACUUAAUAAAGUAUACAAAAAUCUUUUCUUCCAAAGAGGGCUGGUGGAGAACAUACGAUGGAAAAACGACCUUUUAUGCCUCGAAAUUUCUUAGAAAUCUUAUUGGCAAAUUUGGUUUGCAAUUAAUAUAGGUUGCUUGCAAAUCCGCUUUUUCUAACAAUGUCAGUAUAAUUUGUUAUCUUCAUCAUUGUAGCAAAAUACUGGGAGAAAAGUAAAAAUACAAAAAAAAAAAAUCAAAAUCGAAUCUUUAACUAACCAAAUGGAACUUUAUCUUUCUUUGGUCGACAAAUUUGCAGCUGAACAUUGGGAAAAAAAAUAAAAAUAAAUAAUAUUUUCUUCAAAAAAAGGCCUAGUAGAAAGAAAAAAAGCCAUUUCAAAUAUUCGGUACCUCGAAAUCUAUUAGAAAUUUUAAUGUACAAUAAACAAUUUUUUUCAAAAAUGUUAUCUAGGGUCUCAAGAAAGCGGCCAACAAAUGUUAGUGAGUAAAAUAAUAGUCCUAUGAACUCUUUACAUUUUUGGAAGUAAUGUUUGUGGAAAGAAGUAAAUGUUCUUUGCCACGUAUGUGGAUGGAUACCAGUUUGCUCGUAAAUCAGCUUUUUCUAACAAAGUCAGUUUGAAAUCUUCAUCAAAAUUGUGACAAAAAACUGAGAGAAAAGAACAAGUAAUUUUUUUUAAAUCGAUUCUAGAAUCAUCCAACUGGAACUUUAUCUUUCUUUGGUCGACAAAUCUGCACCUGAAGAAAAAAAAAUUCUUCAAAACAAAAAAAAAAAAAAAAAAAAAAGAGACUUGUGGAGAACAUGUAAAAUAUGCGUUGUAGAAAAUAUGAAAAAAAAUAAAUGUACAAAAAACAAAUUAAAAAAAAUUUAUCUAGGGUCUUAAGAAAGCGGCCAAAAAUGUUAGUGACUAAAAUAAGAGUCCUAUGGACUCUUUAAAUUUUUGGAAGUAAAAUUUGCGGUAAUGCAUUGAAAUGUGAAUGCUUUAGCAUUCCUUUUGUAGAACUAAGUUUUGCUUCAAAUAAUUUGAUAUAUUUUAAAAUAAUGACCAAUAGAUUCAUUCAUAUGAUGUUCUGAAGUUUUUUUUUUUUUUAUGAAAAUAUAAAACAUCUACCAUCUUUGUGAAGAGAUUUUAUAAGGAUAAGAUAGUGACUAAAAUAAGAGUACCAUGGACUCUCUUAAUUUUUGGAAGUAAAAUUUGUGUCAAGGCAAUAAAAGUUCUUUGACACGUAUGUCGACGUGAAUGCUAGAGCAUUGCUUUUGUAGAACUAGGUUUUAAUACAUAUAAUUCUAUACAUUUCAAAAUAAGGGUGUUCUGACUAUAAAGCAUUGUCUUACCACAUUUCCAAAAUUUCAAUUGGUUUCAUGAAAACUACAGAUUUAAACAAUUUCAAAAAUUGUCGAUCUGUCUUUGCAACCUUCUGAUUUUUUGCAUUCACGAACGUGCUAAUCAUGACUAAGUAGAAAAGGCUUUUGGACGGUUUUAUCCCAGAAUACGAGUGCUUCUUGACAAUUACAAGCUGCAAAUUAAGUUAUUUAUAUUUCAAGGUACAAAUUUUUAUAACAUGAAAAUUUAUUCUACUAAAUCUUAUUGUAAUUAAUUAUGUACUGAAAUUUUUUCGGAGCAGGUUAUACAAAAAUAUAACGUCUACCAUCUUUAAGAAGAGAUUUCAUACGAUUCCAAAAGGAUUAGCUAUUUUUUCCAUCAUUUAUACUAGUACUUUCAACGAGUCUAGCUAGCAACAAAUAUGUUAAAGGUUCCAUGUUUUUGGGCUUAAACUUUAAAUUUUUUCUGCGGUUUUGUGUUGUAGUUGUUUUCUUGUUUUCAAGACUUGCCCAACACCAGCAACAUAUAAAUAGGCUCUUUUCCAAAAAAAAAUUAAUUAAAAGAGUGGGAUAUAUUAGCCUAAUGCUUAAUUUUUUAAUGCAGUUGUACCAUUCUGGGGAUUCGAUUAGAUUUUUCAAAUGGGUUUUUUUAACAAAUAGCAUGAAACACAAAACUUCCACACAAAAAAUCCAUGGAUAUUUUUCGAAAAAGUUGUAAUCGAGAGUUAGUAUAAAAUGAAUUUUGGCUUCAUUUCUAUAAUUUUAAAGCCAAAAUUGCUAAUAUUGAUAAUCACAAGUUUUGGAUUUAUUUAAUUUUAAUUUAUACAGAUUUAUAUCUUUAUAUACACUUAACUUCUUGUUGACAAACAGACAGAACAAAUUUAUUCGCCUUGUUGUACAGUGUUAUCAAACGAAAAUAAACAUUUUUACACUAGAAUCACAUUCUCUAUUUUAUUAUAUUAUUAAUUAAUAAUUUGUUGUUUUAACUGUGAAAUAUAACUACUUUUUUUCUUCUUUGUCGCAUCCAUUGUCCUCUUCAAUAUUUUAACACAUCGUUUCGUUUUGUUAUAUAAGUGUUUAGUUUUAAGUAAUUGCAUUGCUAGUUUAACUAGAGUUUAUAAACUAAUCUACAUUUAUUUUUGUUUUAAGUCUUAGUAGUUAAAUUAAAAUAUUAAUAAUAAUAACAAUAAUGAGCACAGUUGUGAAAAUCAAACAUUGAAACUGUAAAGUUCAAAUGUUAAAAAAGAAACAAACAAAGAAAAUAUUAUACUAAUCAUAAUUCCAAUAUUAGGAGGGAAGUUAUUAUUUAAUUUGGCCAAGUAAAACCGAUGAAGCGUCAUUUUGUUCUUUUGCUAAACAAAAAGAAAAAAAAAACACACACACAUUGUUGAAAACCCAUGAAAUUGCUGUGAAGAAAAUAUGAUACCAAUAAAAAUUAAUAAAAUCUGUUGGCAAAACAAAUUAAUAUUCUAUUUUAAUAAUCAAUAAUGAUUUGUAAAUUUAUAGCUAAUUUUAAGUCUUCUUAAUUUCAAGUCAUUAACAUCAUGAGGGUUAUUUUAUAAAAAGUGAAUAGUUAUCUAAUACAAUCGUCGCAUUAAAUUCUAGGGUUAGAAAUUUAAAUUCACAAUAGUUUGUAUUAAAAAAAUAAUGGACUUUCCAGAUCUUAAUAAAGGUUUUCAAAUACAUCCAAUGCUAUCUGAGUGUAGAAAAGCUA